UGCGACAGUGUUUAAAGACUUUUCACACGUCAGAUAGUUCAGCAUUGAAACAUCGCGCUAUCCUGUUCAACAUGGGGUGUGGGAGCUCCAAAAUCACGGUGGUGGAACCCGUGAAACCAUACAGCGAAAAUGAGAUAAAUACUCUUGAGUUUGCAGUUGGCUCCCGCGGGGAGUCCGCCGUGUCCAAAAUGACCACAGACAGUGGGGUCGGCCUGGAUACAGCGGAUCCAACACAUCUGCCCGGAUCUGUACCUAGGCUGCUGCCACCACUGCGAGCCCAAAGUCCUGGAUUAGCCCAGCAGAGACAAGAGAGACCCGAGUCCAGCGCCAUACUGGAGCAGCUGCUUUAUCAGGGAAUCAUUCCAGCUCAACCGAGACAGGGCACCAGUGGAGAGGCUUACAACAUCCUAAUGGAUAAUGCUGAAAAGCCAAGAAGCAGACCACCUGCUCGACUAGAGUCCCUUAAGAUCCGAAAAGAACAAGAAGUGACACGAAAAGAAGACAUUGAAAUGAAGAUGAGCCAGGUUGAGAAAAGAAAAAAGGAAAGAGAGGAAGACCUGAAACUCAGGUUAAGGUCAAAAUCAGCACGGCCUCGUGUUUCUGCCCCAGUGAAUGCAGAGGAACAUAACCCCUUAGAACCGCUCUACUCUGAGCAACUUCCUCUUCCACCCAAGAAGACCAAAGAGCUACAGACACCAAUGGAUGGAGACUCUGAGGACCAAAGACUUGCUGAUUCCCCAGAAGUGGAAAAUGACUCCACUUUUCAAACUAUUGCAAGCAAUGAUGACUUUGGCUUCUAGUGCUGCUGUAUUUUUACAGACUAGGGCACACUGUCCUGCCUCUGUUCUUGAGAGAUUAAUCUAGGGUGUUACCAAAUGUACACUCUUUUAGGGUUGCACAUGCACUUUAUAUCUCAUUUAUAAUCUUGAUUGGUUUAGGACAGGGUGUAUGGGUCAGACUCCUGACCUCAGUUUUAACAUAAAUAUAUGAGGAGCUCAGAUGCAAAAGCCACUAAACGCCAAACUGUAAAAACAAAUUGCUGUAGUUAUGCAGCUGUUUGCCAGUAACUUACUGUAGACUUAAAUUUAUGUUAUUUACUGGCAACAAAGUUAAAUGAAGAUUAAACAUUAACAAGUUUUUGUCUUUACAGAAUAAAACUAUAAAAUAACAGCUGCAUGCAAAACAUUCUGGAACCAGAAAUGCUCAUCAACCUUUUUCUGUUUUUUUGCCUACAGAUUUUGG